UUUUAUAAUCGCAUCUACUAAUACGAUAACAACAUACCCCUCAAAUAAUUGACAACUCGGUUUUAUCUUCUGUACAAGUCUCAAUAAUCUCAUUCGUCGGAUAUUUGCUAAGCUGAGAGAGAGAGAGAUCGAUUUAGAUCCCGCCAAGUUAACAAACAGCUGCUAUGGCGAGCUCAAAUGCAGGAAUGUUGUCCGGAAGCGAGUAUCAAGUAUUCCUAAGCUUUAGAGGACCCGACACUCGCAUUGGAUUCACCGAUUGCCUCUACCGUAGCUUGAUCAAUGUUGGAAUCCAAGUCUUCCGAGACAAUGAAGAGGUUCAUGUUGGUGAAAGGAUCAAUGGAUCGCUUCAGCAUGCAAUCAACAAGUGCAGGAUCUACAUACCCAUUUUCUCUCAUACCUACGCUUCGAGCCAAUGGUGCCUCCAUGAGCUUGCACAGAUUGUGACAAACACCAACAAAUCGGAAGGUAAUAAAGAGAUCCUACCUAUUUUCUUCGAUGUGGAACCUGACGAUGUUAAGCUGAAGACUCCAUUGUAUCGAGAUGCCAUAUUCAAUUUGAAGCGUGAGAAGAAAUUGAGCAAUGGGCAAGUACUUGUGUGGAGAGAGGCUCUCGUGGAGGUUGCUGCGAUCAAAGGAUGGGAAGUGAAGAAUUAUGAAGGCCAGGGUGAACUGAUCAAUUUUAUAGUUGAGGAGGUCGUGGAAAAGCUAAAGACGAAACAUAGAUCGAUUACUGAACAUUUAGUAGGAAUUGAUGAUCGAGUAGAAGCAGUAAACAAAUUAUUAGACAUUGGUUCCGGUGGUGUGCGACUCAUUAAAAUUUAUGGUAUGGGGGGUAUUGGUAAAACAACUCUUGCCAAGGCUGUCUUUAAUCAACUCUCUUCUCAUUUUGGACAUAAUUGUUGUUUCCUUGAGGAUGUUCAAGAUAAGUCAUCAAGAAGUGAUGGUUUAGUUGGGUUGCAAAAAAAAUUUACUAUAUGAAAUCGGCGUUCAUGGAGGAACGAGGACCAUUGACAAUAUCGAAUACGGAAUGCAGAGGAUUGGAGAAGCACUUUCCAAUAAGAAAGUCCUUAUUGUACUUGAUAAUGUUGAUGACAGUGAACAAGUGAAGUACUUAGUUGGAAAUGGUACUUUGUAUUCAGGAUCCAGAAUAAUGAUUACAACUCGAAAUAAAGAUGAUCU